CCCUGGCCGCCUGGCCUAGGCAAUCUAAACCGAACGCGAUAACGAAACAGGUAGCAGAAGGGGGAGGAGGGAGCAGAGAAGAUGGCGGCGAAGCGCGAGACCGAGUCGGUCAGCGAAGAGCUCAGACCGGAGGGCUCCAACCCAGCCGGCGGUGGCGCGACUCCGCCGCCCCUAGCCGCGGCCCCCGUCGUCUGCCUCAUCCGCUCCGCGGGGGACUUCGCCGGCGGCGCCUUCGUCGGAUCCGUCGUUGGAUACGGACAAGGCUUGAUAACUAAGAAUGGUUUCAAAGGUUCGUUCAGCAAUGCAGGGUCCUCUGCCAAGACUUUUGCAGUUCUCUCUGGCGUCCAGAGCUUGGUCGUGUGCCUGUUGCGAAGGCUGCGCGGGAAAGAUGAUAUUGUAAAUGCUGGCAUAGCUGGUUGUUGCACUGGCCUGGCUUUGAGCUUUCCAGGAGUACCGCAAGCGUUGCUCCAGAGCUGCGCCACCUUUGCUGCAUUCUCUUGCAUCAUGGAGGGGCUCAACAAGCAGCAGGCUGCAAUGGCUCACACACUUGGCGGGACUGCCUUGACGGUUGCGCAUGAGAAAGGUGGCGUUCUGCCCCCGUUCACCCUUCCGCCAAUUCUUGAUGCAUCGGAUGCUCUAGCUUCAUGCUGCCAAGCGUUAAUAAAGCCUAAGCACUAGACUACAGAGUAGGGGGAGGGAGAUGCUGAAGAAAGGUAGCUUCAGUCUUCGGUUCUUUAUUAUGUAGACUUAGCAUAUGAAAAUUUUGUUUUUGGAUAAGAUGCGCUUGUGUGCGGAUUUCGCUGGAUCUCCAUGUUCAGCUGUUUUACCAUCACUGCUUCAGUAAAGUGACGUUGUUUCCUAA